GGCGAGGCGGGUGAGAAGUUCAAGAGUUUGGAUCAUAACGCCCAGAUGAGCGCGUGGAAGAUGUUCGAGAGGAGCAGGCAGAGCGGAGGUGCUGAUAGAGAUUGCAAGGGCUCAACAAAGGGCAGCGGGGCAAACGAGAAGAAGCAGACGCUGCUCAAGAAGUGGAUCUUGGACAAGGGCAAGUGCGGCGGCCACUGCAUGAGCUGCAUGCAGGAGAUCAGCAUCAACAAGUCCAGGACAGUGGCUGAGGAUUGGGCGCCGCUCGCCACGGCAGAGAGGCGCUGGAGGAAGACCGAGCUGGCCGAGGGAGUCAAGGGUGGCACCAUCAGGGCUCGGCGCGAUCCGAAGGGCACUCGCUUCUGGGAGUUCCAGAGUGUGACGGAUACGAAGGCCAACCCCUACCUGCUCAACGGGGAUGACUUCGACAUGGCCAAGCCUGGCGACGAGGACGACGAUUCUGACGAGGGGCAGGAGGGCUCCGCCAAUCUCGACUCAGACUUGGCGAAGACGCUCGGCAUCAAGAAGAUUACACAUCAGCCGAAGCAGAGUGCUUCGCAGGCUGGCAAGGGUGGAGCUGCCGAUUGGGAUGCGAUGUCUCAGAUCUACGGCGUGGCAAAUCAAGAUGCGAAGGCGAGGCUCAUCAAUCUCAAGAUGGCGAUGGGAAAGGACGAGUCGUUCUUGGACCAAGUGAACAUCAAGUACUUCCAGAGGGACCCGCCUGCGCACAAGGGCGACGUCGCGAAGCAGCGCAGUCCCCCGAAGAAGAUGACCAACGUGUUGGGGGAUAUCAAGAAGUGCCGCCCUUCAUCCGAAGUUAAUAAAGAGCCCGUGAAGAAAAUGCCGAUGAUCUGCAUUGCCGUCAUGUGCGACGUCGAGGAGUUCAAAGCUGACCUGAAGAAGGGGGGCGUUACGUUCACUGCCAAGAAGAACCCGAACAUGGACAGCAUUGCAGAGGACGGCGAGGACCCGUGA